UACGUGUCGUUUCAGAAGUUUCACACCGUUUAGAAACGGCGAACACAGAAACGAAAGUACACUUUUCCUUUUAGUUAUUAUUUUAGUCACCGUAACGUCUCGCUAUUUAUCUCCGUUAUUUUUCGCUUACGUCACUAUCCACCCACGCUAUAUACCUGAAUAACAAACGCCAACCCAUCUUCACCAUUUUUUCCGUAUUUAUAAUAUUUUUCAUAACUUUCCUUAAAGCUUCUAUAAUGCACAAUGGUGUGCAAUACGCACCCCUCACUCCUCAUCCUCCCCUGCUCAUCUCUCCUUCUUCGCCACCAGCCUCCUUGAGUAUUCCUCCACCGCCUCCUAUUACCGCCGCCGCCGCCGCAAACCAAAACAUGCUUUUGUCAGUUUUUUUGGCGCUCUUUUUACCAUGUGUUGGAAUGAGUGCAAUUUUUCUAAUUUAUAUCUGUCUUCUGUGGUACGCUGCUAAUCAUCAUCAUCAUUCAGAAAUUGUAACGCCUGUGAAACCUUCGGCUGAGAAGGGAUUAUCCGCGUCUGAUCUUGAGAAACUGCCUAAAACGACGGGAAAGGAGCUGAUUUUAGGAACUGAGUGUGCUGUGUGUUUGGAUGAGAUUGAAAGCGAGCAACCUGCGAGACUGGUUCCUGGCUGUAACCAUGGUUUUCAUUUGGAAUGCGCUGAUACCUGGCUUUCAAACCACUCUGUUUGCCCUGUUUGUAGGGCUAAGCUUGAUUCCCAGUUUUUCAACGCUUCUACUGAUAAUCCUUGCUAAAUUGGCCUAUUAUUGAGGAGGAGGAGGUAAAAAAAAAAGGGACUUGUUAGGCUGUUAUGCUAUGUUCUGUUCUGUUGUUUUGUGGUGGCACGGGCUCAACUGUUUGUAUAUUUGUGGGCACAGGGCGCAGAUUGAGAUUCGAUUUCGACUGUUAGGAUUAUGUACGGCUAAGAUAGGAAAAAUAAUAUUUGUUCUCUGUCGCUUUUUAUUUAUUAUUAUUAUUAUUUGUCUUCUGUUUA